CCCCGCCGGCAGACCCCGGGAGGGCGGGCCGCAGGGUAGGAGGGAGGCGCCAAUGCCGGGGCCAGCGGCGCUGAGCGCCGCGGCGGCUGCGCUGGUGGCCGCCCUGCUCCUGCUGCGGCGUGAGGACGCGGGGCGGGGGGUCGGCCCCAGCAUGGACGAAACAGAGGCGCUGCGGAAGCUUCGGGAAGACUUUAGGAUGCAGAAUAAAUCCGUCUUUAUUCUGGGCGCUAGCGGAGAAACCGGCAGGGUGCUCUUAAAAGAAAUCCUGGAACAGAGCUUGUUUUCCAAAGUCACGCUCAUUGGCCGGAGGAAACUCACCUUCGACGAGGAGGCUUAUAAAAAUGUGAAUCAAGAAGUGGUGGACUUUGAAAAGUUGGAUGACUACGCUUCUGCCUUUCAAGGUCACGAUGUUGGAUUCUGUUGCCUGGGUACCACCAGAAAUAAAGCCGGGGCGGAGGGAUUUGUUCGCGUUGACCGAGAUUAUGUGCUGAAGUCUGCAGAGCUGGCAAAAGCUGGAGGGUGUAAACAUUUCAACUUGCUGUCCUCUAAAGGAGCUGAUAAGUCGAGCAAUUUUUUAUACCUGCAAGUUAAGGGAGAAGUGGAAGCCAGGGUUGAAGAAUUAAAAUUUGAUCGUUACUCAGUUUUUAGGCCUGCAGUUCUGUUAUGUGAUAGGCAAGAAUUUCGCCCAGGUGAAUGGUUGGUUAGAAAGUUCUUUGGCUCCUUACCAAAAUCUUGGGCCAGUGGGAACUCUGUGCCUGUGGAGACCGUGGUUAGAGCGAUGCUGAACAACGCCGUGAGGCCAAGCAACGAGAAAAUGGAACUUCUGGAUAACACAGCCAUCCACAACCUGGGGAAAGCUGACAGCUCCCUCAAGCCAUGACCCCGCUGGAGAAAUGCUUUUAUUGUAAACUUUAACACCCAUCACCAGAUUGGUAAUUACCAGAUUGGUAAUUUCAGGGUCUAAAAAUAUUCAGCAUACUGUAACUUUGUUGUUUUCCUCUUCGCAGCCACUCAGAUCCAAUCAAGAAAUGACUGUGCUCUGCAUCGGUGGUUCAGAGCCUGGUUAUACAUACAGAUCACCCAGGGAGCUUUUGAGAAAGAUUUAUAGGCCCUAUCUCAAACCUUCUGAAUCAGAAUUUUUAGGGUAUGUGCACAGGCAUCUGUAGUUUUCUUUUGUUUAAACUUGCCUUGGUUGUUCUGAUGCCACUAAUUGGGAGGCCAGCUUUGAAAUGUUUGUCUGCAGAGUCACAGCAGCGGUGAAAACCUUCUGUGCUAUGCAAAUGAGCUCUGUUCUAAAAUUGUUGACAUUCAUAUCUCUGAGUUACACAGGUGCUAAUUAACUACAUGUAAUUGUGUAAAUGAACAUUAUGCUUUUACUACUUUAGAAUAUAUAAUAAAAGUUAUAUAAUUAAGCUUAUAUAAUUCAUGGGGAGAAUUAAAUAAAGGAAUAAAAAUAAAUGGACAAAUCCUA